UCCAUAAAGACACGCUUGAUGUCCGCCAUGCAGGACACGCUGCUGCUGGGCCUGGAGGGCAUCAAGAAGACCAUCCUGCACGGAGGAACUGGAGAUGUGCCCAAGUUCAUCACCGGAGCAAAGGUGACGUUCCACUUCCGCACUACGCUGUGCGAUGACGAGCGCACCGUUGUGGACGACAGCAAAGCUGUGGGACGCCCCAUGGAGAUCGUCAUCGGCAACAUGUUCAAACUGGACGUGUGGGAGACGCUGCUGGCCUCCAUGAGGGUCGGGGAGGUGGCCCAGUUCUGGUGUGACACCAUCCACACGGGCGUGUAUCCUCUGGUGUCUAAGAGCAUGAGGCGCAUCGCAGAAGGCAAAGACCCGGUGGACUGGCAUGUGCGCACAUGCGGCAUGGCCAACAUGUUCGCCUACCACACUCUGGGCUACCAAGACCUGGACCAGCUGAUGAAGGAGCCCAGACCUCUCUUCUUCAUCCUGGAGCUCAUGCAGGUGCUGCAGCCCAGCGAGUACAACAGAGAGUCGUGGGCCCUCAACGAUGUGGAGCGGCUGAAGGCGGUGCCCGUGCUGCACGGUCAGGGCAACAAGCUCUACAAGCAGGCUCGCUACCAGGAGGCCACGCUGAAAUACAAGGAGGCCAUCAUCUGCGUCAAGAACGUCCAGACCAAGGAGAAAGCCUGGGAGGCUCCCUGGCUGAAGCUGGAGAAGAUGGCGCACACGUUAACUCUCAACUACUGCCAGUGUCUGCUCCGCAUGGAGGAGUUCUACGAGGUCAUAGAACACACCAGUGACAUCAUCAACCAGCACCCAGGCGUCACCAAGGCCUUCUACCUGCGAGGCAAGGCCCACGCGGAGGUGUGGAACGAGGCCGAGGCCCGGCAGGACUUCAGCAAGGUUCUGGAUCUGAACCCCGACAUGAAAAAGACGGUGAAGAAGGAACUGGGGGUGCUGAACAUGCGCAUGGAGGACAAGAACCAGGAGGACAGACUCAAGUACAAAGGCAUGUUUUGAAGGGGGAAUAUUUCUACUAUGGUGGGCCUCCAUUGUUGUGUGCAAACAUUUGCUGCAUGGACGUCCACAAGGUGGCGCUGAAUCUACACGUAAUGUGGAGUAAUAAAUCCAGGCCGCGGCUAGUAAAAUCAAAUGGCGUGUGUUCAUACAAG